UGAUAUAUAUCAAGAUGUAUCCAUUUAAAAGAAUUAGACUAUCAUUUUGCCACAAAGUUAGUUGAAUCGAUUGUGCAGUGAUACCAUGUGUUGAGAUCCAUAUCGAAUCACAUGAGAGGAAAAAGAACACAUCCCUAUAGUUUCUUUGAUAAAGCAAUAAUGUAAAAGAAAAUGAUAAAGGUUUAAAAACAGUUUACAUGAGAAUCAAUUCCACAGGAGCAACCACAGUAAAUCUAUGAUUACUUUUAUGAAGAGAACCAUACAUAAAAAAAGAAUAAACAAAAGACCAAAAAUAAAAACUUGCUCGACAUCUGAGUGUGCAUUAUGACCUCCCAACACACGAUGGCGGUAAUGCGCCAUAGAGCCCAUUACCAGUUGUCGUUAAAACAGGAAGUAAAUGACAAAAUGCACGCUGCACCGAUAACAGUAAUGUUUUGAAGACGACACGCUAUAAAUUAGAAUCUUUCCAACAUUUUUUCGUCCUCAUAUUUUUAAUGAAUCGGUCAAACCCCGCAGGUCUUUCGGGCCUAUGCCGAGUCACCGAUCAGCUUUACCUGAGUAGCCGCAAAUCUGCUAACGAUUCCUCUCAGCUGAAGGUAAACAAGAUCACCUGCAUCAUCAACGUCAGCGAAGCCAGGAGCAGCUGUCCUCCUGGGGUGGAUGAGUACGUGCACAUCCCGGUGUCGGAUUCUCCACUGUCCAAUCUCCGAGAUCACUUCGACUGGGUCGCAGAUAAAGUUCGAGUCACGGCUGAGAACGGUGGUCGGACGUUGGUGCACUGCAACGCGGGAGUGAGCCGCUCGGCCGCGCUGUGCAUGGCUUUUCUGAUGAGGCACCGGGGCGCCACCCUGCUGGACGCACACGCGUGGCUGAAGAGCUGUCGACCCAUUAUUCGGCCGAACCACGGGUUCUGGAGACAGCUUAUCGUGUAUGAGACCGAGCUGCGAGGAUGCAGCUCGGUCCGAAUGGUGCCUUCUCCCAUCGGAGAGAUACCGGACAUUUAUGAAGAGGAGGUCAGGAACAUUACCCCUCUACUAUAAUACUUUACCUCUGCUUAUUGAUUCUCAAUAGUUUUAUAUCAAUACGUCCCUGAUUUAAUGUGUCCUUUUUGGGGAAGGACUGUAUUUCAACAAAUCAGCAAGGAACUAUCCCCUCAUGCCACAUUUUGCACUGUGCCCUGGUUUGUGCAGCAUGAGGAUAUUCUUGAUAUAAUUUCAUCUAUAUAUCAUUGCUAAAAUUAGAUUAAAUAAAGCUCUUCCCAACCUUUCUUCCUUUAUCCACACAAAGUCAAGCAUAUCUUGUAUUUUAUUUACACAUUGAAAUUCUCCUGUUAUUUUAUUGUUACCUGGUUUUACCACAAAAAACUGUUUUUACUUUCUAUAUUGAUUUCUCACAAGUUUGAGAAUUUAUGUUUUAUAUAUUUUUAUACCUGCUUUCUUUACAGCAGCAGAUAUCAAAACAUGUCAAAAUUAAAACUCACGUGACUCAAGACUGUGUAUAAAAGCUUUUAUUUCUUAAGGAAAAGAAAACACCCAGCCUUUCAGUUUCUAGUGUGCAGAAAAACAGAACUCACUAACAAACUCUCCAAACCUUUUGUGUUUUUGCAGCUUUAGUUUUUAAAUAAAAUGUGUUUUACAAAUACGGAAAAUGUUAUAAGUCUAUUAUGGUUUUCACAGUAAAGGUAUUCUUUGUAAUGGGUCCUAACCGCCAAUAAGCAAUUGGAUUUGUAUUCAUCUUUUACAAGAAACAUGGUUUGCUAAUCCACCACCUAGAAAUAAAUAAUUGCUAAACAGGCACUAUGAGAGCUAUGCAAAUCACAGAAAACUAUUUGGCCAAAAACAAGUGUCAUUUAUAGAAACAAACACAAA